AUGUCUUUCCAAAUUCAGUCCUUCAAUUUACCUGUUCCGAAUUUUGCUGCAUUUCCGAAUGCCGAAAACCAUAAAACGAGACCUGAUGAUGUAAAAUUCAUCUUAAAAGAGCCUCUUCCAACAACUCCAUUACCUGCUGAAAUUCAAAAACGCUUCAAUAGCGUCGUUCUACCGGAAAAAUUUCAAUAUUUCAUCAACGAAAUACAAAACUUGGAAAUUUACGAAGACGAUGUUUGGGUUUUUUCCUUUCCACGAAGCGGAAGUAAUUGGACCCAAGAAGCAGUUUGGCAAAUUUGCAAAGGAGUUGAUACCGAAAAUGAAGGAAAAGAGACACUGAGGACGCGAUUUCCUUGCAUUGAGGAAUCUUCUUUUGUGUAUGAAUUAUCAAAUAAUUUAGAUGCAAGAACUUUACAUGUAGUAAAAAAUUUAAAGAGACCUCGAUUUAUUAAAACUCACAUCCCAAUAGCUUUUUUGCCAACCAAAUUAUGGGAAGUCAAGCCGAAACUUGUUUAUGUUUAUCGAGAAGCAAAAGAUGCUGCAGUUUCUUGGUAUCAUUUUCUCACGGAUUUUUUAUAUCAAAAAACUUUAGAGGAAUUUUUGGAGCAAUAUCUUAAUGGAGAAGUGAGAUACGGCAACUAUUGGGAUCAUUACGAGCAAUAUCAUCGUCUUGCCAAAGUCUAUCCAAACAUGAAAGUCUUGAAAUAUGAAGAGAUGAAAAAAGAUCUCAAAUCGACUUUACUCGAUCUUUGUACCUUUUUCAACAAAUCCUUGUCCAACGAUCAAAUUGAGAAACUUUUGCAUCAUCUUUCCUUCGAGAACAUGAAGAAAAAUCCAGCAAAUAAUUAUUGUCAGCUCGAAGAUGAAUUGAAAAAAGUUAAACCAGGUCACCAGUUUCGAAUGAUCCGUCAAGGAAAAGUUAACACGGGAAAAGAAGAAAUGUCGGCAGAGAUGAUCGAGAAAUUUGAUGCUAAAAUGCGAGACAUGCAAAGAAAUUUAAAAGAGCUUUAA